GCCAAUCCGUCCGCCUGUCCCGAAGCACGUGACUUUUCCUGAACCAACUCGAGAUUUGCUGUACGUCACUUUUAGCGCGGAGUUUGUUGUUGGCGGAAAUUGUUAAAUUAAAGUUUGAAAAUUGUAUUUUCAGCUAAUUCAGCCUAACAAUAGUCGCGCAGUGUAAAUUAAACCGAUAAAGAAAAACUUCGCGACUCUCUGGUGACUCGUUGGUGAAGCCAGCGGACUUAAAGAGAUUUCAACCCAAACGUCUCUGGUUUCAGAUGGAGGUUUCUCCUGUCGAGGGAAACUCAGAUGGAUGUCUGCUCAAGUCUGACGGAGCUCCCAGGAAGAGGAAAAUAUCACGAGACGUGGAGCUGGACAUUGAGCUCCUGUAUAAAGCUGUUCCACAAGUGGCCAAAGUUUUCCGCAUCAUCGAUAAAAUUGGAGAAGGGACCUUCAGCUCCGUGUAUCUGGGUGAAGCUCAGCUGAGAGAUGGGAGGAGAGAGAAGUUUGCUCUGAAGCACCUGAUCCCAACCAGCCACCCUCUCCGCAUCGCUGCUGAACUCCAGUGUCUGACCGUGGCGGGAGGCAGAGAGAAUGUUAUGGGUGUGACCUACUGCUUCAGGAGAGAGGACCAUGUGGUGAUCGUAAUGCCUUACAUGGAGCACCAAGCCAUUGUGGAUGUCAUUGGGUCCAUGAGGUUUGAGGAGGUCCAUCUGUACAUCUACCACCUGCUGAAGGCCCUGAAACACAUCCACCAGUUUGGGAUCAUCCAUCGGGACAUCAAACCCAACAAUUUCCUCUACAACAGGAAGAGUAAAACGUACGCCCUGGUGGACUUCGGCCUGGCUCAGGGGACCGCCGACACCCAGAUCCAGCUGCUGAAGGCGGUGAGACAGAAAGGUGGACAGGAAGCUGCUCGGCGGAGCAAAGCUCCACCUAAACUCCCUCCUAAAACUUCACUCCCUCUGGCCGUGACACCUCCUGUUCCUCCUCCCUCCUCCUCCCCCUCCACCUCCUCCACCUCAGCCCUGGGGAAGUCUCUGGUUAAAAAAGCUCGUUCUGCCUCCUCCUGCUCACGAACAAAACACACAAAGGAUUUGGCAGGACUCUGUAAAGCUCCACGACCCGUGUUCGGAGAAAGGAAUCUGAACAGCCGCAUGCUUGUCCCGUCCACCACGAAGCAAACUGCUCAUGAUGAAGAGCUGGUCAAGCCUCAGAGGACUGAGGGUGCGCCGCACCGGGCCGUACUUCCUGUCAAAGCCCAGAGCAGCAGUCAGAAAGCCCCCAGGAGCUUACAGCAGGGCCUCACCUGUAACUGCUACCUGACCGACCGCGUCUGCAACAUCUGCAUGGCCAGGAAGCAGCAGGUAGCUCCCAGAGCAGGAACUCCAGGGUUCAGAGCUCCAGAGGUCCUCACCAAGUGUCCCAACCAAGGCACAGCCAUCGACAUGUGGUCUGCCGGUGUGAUCCUGCUCUCCCUCCUCAGUGGGCGGUACCCAUUCUUUAAGGCCAGUGACGACCUUCUCGCUCUGACACAGAUCAUGACUAUAAGAGGCUCCAGAGAGACCAUCCGCGCUGCUAAAACGUUCGGGAAGGCGGUGGUGUGCAGUCGGGAGCUUCCUCGUCAGGACCUCAGAGCCCUGUGUGAGAUGCUUAGAGGCAGGAGGUCAACGCUAGAGGGUGAUGAUGAUGAUGUCACCCCAGCUGCAGAGGUCAACGUGGGUCAGAGUUGGCGUCAGACUGGAGAUGGGACUCCUGCCUCUCAAGCCGCUGACCGGACACGCAAAGAUGGAUCAGGAGAACAAUCAACCUGCAGUAAAACAGCUGGUCCCACAACACGGCCCAGCGACGAGGAAGGAGACCAGCGGGGCUGGGACAACGUUCCUGAUGAGGCCUACGACCUCCUGGAUCAGCUGCUGGACCUGAACCCUUCAACCAGAAUCACAGCCGCUGCUGCGCUGCAGCACCCGCUUUUCAAGGACCUGUGAGACCAGAACGAGCUCCAGGAGCUGCUCCGUUACCUCGUUCACCAUGAACUUCCUUCAGUCCUUCACAAUACGCCUCAAACACAUCAGACGUGUGAAGCCGAUCAUUUAGUUUACUAUAACGGUCGUUCCCCGGCGAAAGUCCUGGUGCCGUCUAGAGAUUUGGGAUUGAGAGGAAUCACAAAUGAAGCCGUCAUGCCUGGGCGAGUGGUGACCUUUUGGUUCAGACCUCCUCUGGGAAGGACUUCGGACUUCCUGGACGUUCAGGCUGCAGCAGAAGUUUGACCAGAAUAAACUAAAAGCUUCUGAUGCUUUUAGGUAUGUGAGACCGUUUUAGACUCUUAUUGUGAAGGAUUGGAGGAAGUUCUUUAAUGUCCUGAUGAAGAAGUCAGUUCUGGGUGUGUUUUACUGAGCGGGCCACACCAGAACCAGUCAGCUAACGAAAGGCUCAGUGGCCCGGACAGACCAGCGCAGAGGUCUACGUGAAGUAGCUCCUUGAUGUCUGAAAGCAGGAAGUUACUCAACAGCUGAUGGACGAGGUUCUAAAGGUGUGAAAGGACUUUUAUUUUGAAGGGGGACUGAGUUUUAACAGUGAGAACCGGAUGAAAUGUCCACGUUGUGUAAAAGACCACAUCAGAAUGUUUGUUUGGUGGUAAUAAAGUUGUGAUUUGA